GUUGAGUCGGGAUCGAUAGUGCUGUAGAAUCAGAAUGGCCACCAUGAAACAAGAUCAAUGCACAGAACAGUUGGGCAAUAGUCAGAUUUCUGAGAAUCCACCAUGGCUCUAUAUACUCAACGAGAAAAUUGGAGGCUGGGUUGAUAGUUACCUAAUAAAACAGAAGACUAGACUAGAGGAUUAAGUGAAAGUCACUGUACUGCAAGAAAGAUUCCAUCUUGAGGCCACUGCAAAGAUCCAGAAUUGUUCACUUCUGAGGCAGUGGUUCCCGACCACCUCAGAUCUCCUCUAUCCAUAUCAACGGGCUCGAUUCGUUUGCUCAUUCAUAAUUUCCCAGCACGAUCAUGCCAAGAAACCUUGUUGUUGUGCAAGCACCUGAAUUUUAAUAAGACGCCGUACUAGAAUCAAACCAAUCAACCGAAAUCCUGUCUAGUUACUCCAUGCUUACAGUCUCUACCCUCUUUAAAGUACCUUCUCACCCAAGAGACUGGUGGAUAGGUUGUGUUUAUUUGUCUCCCUUUCCUUCUCCAGCUGAGGCUCGUUGUCUGAAUGAACAGAAAUUGAAGUGCUGGUGGAGGAGCUUCAAACAUGGCUCCAUAAUGAGCAGUUUUGAACAGUGAGCAGUGUGGUAUUUCCCCCAAUCACCUCGUAUACAGCAAGCAAUGAAGAAAAAAACAGCAAGGUUACCAGAGGCUUCUGCUCAAGAUAAUGGCAUCAAGUUGAAAAAGAGACCAUGUUCCUUUCCAGUCACUAAGCUGGAACUUCAUCCGUGCUUCGACUCUUUCAGCUUGUGUCUGAUAGUAAAGAAAACACAAGCUUCACAAUUAAUAAUAGCCAGAACAAGAGAUAAGAGCACAGCAGACUGGAUUUCUCAUCAUAUAAUCAGUUGCCAGAUGACUUCAAGAGUAUGUCAACUUCCAGUAGAACUCCCCCAGUGUCUCAGACUCUCAGUAUAUCUUAAUCAAUCAGCACAUAUGAGCUGAGAAAACCAUUCAGAAAUAGUGACGAUAUACCUAAGGUACGUCCUAAGGUUCUUAUCUACCAAGACUUCUUCAGAAAUAAUGACGAUAUUACCGAUCACAUGCCAAACUACAUUUUAUUGCACCAGUUACACCCCUACAUCCAUACUUCUAAUUAUUUUUCCAGAUGAGUAACAAUUCAUCUUAGAUUAGAGGUCAGGGAGCACAGCGAGUUCGGAUGAGCGGAUAGCUGCUGCUGCUGUUGCCAGAUCUGAAUUCUGAAGGGAAAGUAUCGAAGAUCUGAAGGUAAAGGACAGCCUCAGAAGUUCUGUAAUUUACUUGGUGACCACAUAUGUGGCUGACAUUUGCCUCCCGUUGAAACACAUUGACCCUACAUGGCGGGCAAAACAAAAUCUUCCAAAUCCCAUCUGGCACAUUUUCAACCUCUACUACCUUCAGCAAGAAUCUUACCCCUCAAAAACCCACAUCCACUAUCAAACCCCAAUAGCCAAUGAGCAGCUGCCGACGUGUAGAUUUCCCCAAUCCACAACAUCUCCACAGACCCAAACUUCCCAUAUAAACUCCCCCAACUUCUCUGCAAUUCCCACAACCUCAAAAAACAACUCAUCAUAAACCAGCAGCAACAAAGCUUCAACCUUUCUCAGCCAUGGCAACCUCUGCAUUCCAACAGUCUGCAUUCGCUGGCCAAACUGCUCUCAAGCAGGCUGAUGGGCUCCUUCGCAAGUUUGGUUCUUUUGGCGAAGGCCGGAUCAACAUGCGCCGGACUGUGAAAAGUGUUCCCCAGAGCAUUUGGUAUGGAGCAGACCGUCCCAAGUACUUAGGUCCAUUCUCUGAGCAAACCCCAUCAUACCUGACUGGAGAAUUCCCCGGUGACUAUGGCUGGGACACUGCUGGACUAUCAGCAGACCCUGAGACGUUCGCCAAGAACCGUGAGCUCGAGGUGAUCCACUGCAGAUGGGCUAUGCUUGGAGCACUAGGCUGUGUCUUCCCUGAGGUCCUCUCCAAGAACGGCGUGAAAUUCGGCGAAGCAGUCUGGUUCAAAGCUGGAGCUCAAAUCUUCUCAGAGGGCGGUCUGGAUUACCUUGGCAACCCAAACCUUAUCCACGCGCAGAGCAUUCUUGCGAUCUGGGCUUGCCAGGUUGUGCUCAUGGGAUUCAUUGAGGGCUACAGAGUUGGCGGUGGACCUCUUGGCGAGGGACUUGACCCGCUCUACCCCGGUGGGGCUUUCGACCCUCUUGGUUUGGCUGAUGACCCCGAAGCAUUCGCUGAGUUGAAGGUCAAGGAAAUCAAGAAUGGCCGCCUGGCUAUGUUCUCCAUGUUUGGAUUCUUCGUUCAGGCCAUUGUUACUGGAAAAGGUCCCAUUGAGAACCUUUUCGACCAUGUUGCUGACCCAGUAGCGAACAAUGCCUGGGCUUUCGCCACCAACUUCGUCCCUGGGAAAUGAACAGAACUAAAGAAUGAUCCCUUCAAUCUUGUAAUAGCUGAGAACUCUGAAGUUUCUUUGUGAAACUACUGUGUAACUUUGAACUGAAGCAAGUGCAUGGAAUGGAACUUUCUACUUCCUGCUGUCCCAAUGCAAAUUUUAGUCAUGAAAAUAUGGAAGGAUUAUAAAGAUGCAUAAAACCCAUAAGAGGUUCUUGCCAGUUGCCAGUCUGCUGCAGCAUCUAAACUAGGUGAGUUUCUCCGCAUUCAGAGUGGGUCUGAGUUUAGUUCCUCAUAAGAGUGGCAGUUACUCAACCUGGUGUUGUAGAUAACAGGAAGGAGAAAUCUCUGGGGCUUCUAACCCAUAAUUUUGUCAAGCUUUUCCUUUGUUCUGAUGUGAGUUGCAGGCAUUACGGUUUAUGCUUGUGAAACUGUCUGUUUCAACUAAACUGCUUGGCUGGUGCUGACAAUGAAAUGCACAUUUCAGUCGGAGUUAAUAUCUCUUGAUGAUUCUGCAAAACUACUGCUUGGAGAUGGCCAUAGUAUGUCAGAUAUUGCGAAGUGAGUUCUAACUUCUAGCUCCACUCUUGCAUUUAGCCUCUCGUAUCCCAGCUUGUUAUCUGUUGCUUUAUUUUAAACAAAUUCCAUCUGUUCUGUGAAUCUGGAGCCAAAGUUAUCACCACAGUUGCUAGUUUGAGCAUUGCGCAGUUAGAUUUCUUGUCGCGUUGUAAGCUUGAUGUUGGUUAUGGAUGCAGACUCAUACUGUAGAUUCCAGGAAAUCUGCAUUAGACAAGGAGGGUUAAACGAAAACCACACCAACAGCAUUACAAGCGCUGCUGCAUCUCUUCCUAAUUGUGAACCAAGGAAAAGGGUGUUUGGUGCAGAUGCUACAAAUAUUAGUUUCAAGAGAAACAAGCUUGAUUCUUCAGCUUGCAACUACAAUAAAAUCCAGAAUAUUAAGAUGUAUAAUGGUACAAGUGAAAUCAAAGGUUGUGAUUGGAUGUGAGGGAUGCAACCUGAGCCAGGAUUCAUUUUAGGGGUCAAGGAGUUACUAAUUUGGUCCCUUUGCACCAGCUGCUGUCUUCAGAGACAGUGAUCCUCAGGUUUGUGAUUGGGAGGCUCUGGCCUCCACUUUCAGCCCUCAAUAUCAUAAUCAAGGUGAAAAUCCCACCAUAUCGCUCGCUAGCUUAAACCAGAAUAAACUUGGAAAGCAAAUCCGAUUCUUCGGUAGUCCUAAUAUGGCAAUUUGCUUUACAAUUGCUGCAGCUCUGAAACGCCUGUUUGUUCAUGGAAACAUGGCAAUCAUGGUACCUUCCCUUCCUGAAUUCGAAGCUACAUCCCGCCCCCAGAAACUAGCAACUGCAAACACACAAUCAAGAAGCUAUCAGAAGCAGACCCUUCAAAUGGAUGCCACAAAGAACCACAUUACCUUAACUGAAAACCCUCAUGCAAUUAAACCAUACCCUCAACAAAGCUUUCAGAUAUGGAGAAAAGAACAAAUUCAGAAGCCUGAGUUGCGGAUAUAGGGGUUCAGACGACGCGGGGUUGAGGGGAAAGAACAUAGCAGUUGCAUCGUGAUUGAGGGGUCGAGAUCAACCGGGAAGUUGGGUCGAGAUAGGAGAAGAAAAAGGGGAGCUACUUCGGGAUCGAGGGUUUCGAUAUUGAGCUGAAUUUAAUCUUUCUUUCUCUACUUCCAUCUUUAAUUUAUAAUGCUCUUUAUCAUAUAGAAAUCUCCCAAAGCCGAUUUGGACUCAGAUGAGUGUACUGAGUAAUUGCCACGAAAGAGAAGCUUUGGCAGCCGAUGAGGAAGUAUCUGUGGAGAAUGAAUGGAGAUCAGGAAA